UCGUGCGCGUUGGUUCUACUACUUCGUGUCCCAGAGAAAAGCCUUUCUCCUGGCUUUCUCUCGCUCUCGCCAUCUCGCUCUCGCCGGUUAAGCGGGUCGUGAGCUCUCUUUUGGCGCUCGGAUCCGAAUCCGCAAUCCGGAAUUUAAACUCCGGCUCCGUCCGGAUCGCCGUGCUCAUCACAAAUAUUUGAAACUGCUAAACUAAGUCAAAACAAUUGAAGUGGAAUUCUCGCGGCACAAUUUGAUAUUAGAUAAAUGAAAUAAUUCACGCCACUGGCACUUUAAAGCGUGUAAUCAGGUCACAGGAAUUCAAACAAACAUAUUCUGAUAGUAAUAAUAGAAUUUCAUUAUUGCUGUGGUCCUCGCAAUGCGACUAAUUGGAUUUAUUCUGAAUUUGGCAGCCCUAACAGCUGUCGUCUGGGGCAAUCACCAUGAGAGUCUUUCGCUCAGUCCGGCGGAGCACAGCGUGGUGCGAUACACAAACGAAUCGCUCAUCGUCCAGUGCCGCAGCCCCAAUAAGGAUGUGAAACUGCAUUGGAAAUCGCCGAGAGGCGAAAUUAUACGCGAGCACAAAGGACGCAUUCACAUUGAGCAAACAUCGCCAGAACAAUUGAAAAUCGUUUUCGCCCACAUCGCACUGGCCGACAAGGGCAAUUGGACCUGCGAAGCUCCCGAUGAAGGUCUGCAUAGUAAAUCCCUCGAUUUGAUUGUGUACCAGAAAAUUACAUUCACGGAAAAUGCCACCGUGAUGACCGUUAAGGAGGGCGACAAGGCCACCAUCCUGUGCGAAGUGAAGGGCGAGCCCCAGCCGAAUGUCACCUGGCACUUCAACGGACAGCCCAUCAGCACCGGCGCCGCUGAUGACUCCAAGUUCCGCAUCCUGGCCGAUGGUUUGCUCAUCAACAAGGUAACACAGAAUGACACCGGCGAGUACGCGUGCCGGGCAUACCAAGUCAACUCGAUUGCUUCCGAUAUGCAGGAGCGCACAGUUUUGAUGAAAAUCGAACACAAGCCCAUUUGGUCGAAGUCACCGUUUGUGAGCAUGCAGUAUGCCUAUAUCAACGGCACUGCGACCCUCGUGUGUGAAUCUCUGGCGGAACCGCCGGCCAACUUCACGUGGCACCGCAAACACAACAAGCUGCACAGCAACAACAAGCUCUACACCAUCGAGUCGGACAGCUACUGGUCCCUCUUGACCAUCCACGUGCUGAACGCCAGCGCCUUCGACAACUACCGGUGUCGGGCUGCGAAUCAUCUGGGCACCAUCGAGAGGACCACGCGAUUGGAGCAGGGCGACAAGCCACCUGCUCCGGCCAACUUUAAGCUGCGCGGCUUCAAUUCCAACACCUUCGACGUCGUUUUGAGUGCGCCGCGGGGUCAGGAGCGCAGGCCCAUGGAUGUCAACGGGUUCCGCAUCGAGUACAUGACCGAGAUGGAGUUCAAGUCGGAAGCCGGCAAGUGGACCAAUGCCAAACGGAAGGACUUUCGAUUCGAAGAGGGGGCAACGUUCCUUUUGACAAACCUAGAGCCGGCCACUGUCUACCUGGUGAGAGCCGCAUCCCGCAACUUGGCCGGCUUCAGUGACUUCACCAAGGUGGAGAAGUACAAGACGCUGUCCCUGGAACCGCGAUCCUCUUCUGGGGCUCUCGAGUCCACUUCCCUCAUUUUGGGACUGAUGACACUAAUGGGCCUGUUGCGGCCAAGACUUGGAUGAAUCUGAAUCUGCAGGCGGAUGAAGGAUGAAGGAUGACGGGUGAUGCACCUAGCGGAACCAGGAACCAGGAACCAGGCCCUUAACCCCAUGUGCUUUGUAUAGCUUUAAGGCGUGUCCACGGGGACACUUUUCUGUCUGAUUUGCUCGGUCUAGGUAUUUCGGUUAACUCUUAAGUUCAGUGCGUUGAUAUACCCUAAAACAGUGUUACGGUUAAGUUUAGUAAGAGUUUCUUUUUAGCUUUUAAUGCUUCAAUUUGAGAGAUGUUUAUGGACAACUUAUAGGAAUAUUUAUAUAUUUAAACAAAUCCUCAUAGCGGUUAAAGAAAAUCAACGGUUGGCUGGCCUUGGCUCCCCAAAAUUAUGCAAAUCUAAAGCUUUGCUCAAGUUUCCUCUCUGUGAAAAUUUUAAAUUAAGUCACGACAGGUUUUUUAGCUAAUAAUUUAUUGCGAAUUGAAAGUUUUUUCUGCUGAUCUUAAGCCUUGUAUCUUAAUAGAGAUUUUGUUGCCAAAUCUUUAAGAUGUAAUCAAAAAUUUGCCAAAACGAAUCAGUCUUCACUCUACAAGAGUGAAUCUGUAUCCAAACAUAGGCCUUCCUUCAUUACAUAUACCUAUAAACAAAAAAUGUUCAAGUAAUCUAUCUAACAUCUUUAAAAUCUCGAGUAAACCAUCAAACGCAUAAAAAAUAAAUAAAAUUAUAAAAGAGCUUAACGACAGCAUUUUAAAUUUUAUAAGACAUUUUACCUUUCUUAAUAGUCAAAAGCCAAAACGAACAUUUUCACGUGUACAUUUUCAGGGCUAAAAACAAACGAUAACAUUUUUAUGUAAAACUAAGCAUAACCUUUUUACCACAAUACAUUGUGAAGGCUAAAUACCUUUGAACUAUACAAAAAUUCUAAAAAUAUAUAUUAUACAAAACUAGUUGAUACCCAAUGAAAAAAAUAUUUCAAACCAAAGUGAAAUAAUAUUUAAUACAAAUGACCUAGCCAAAGAUUAAAUAUUUUGUGGUUUUUCGUUUGCCAAAUGUGUGUAAGCCAAAAUAAAAGUUAUUAUGUAUACCAAGACACUAAAAAGCU